AGUAUAGGCUAUAUUUAUUGGAUAGUAGAAUCGAUUUCCUUUUAGAUAGAUUAUCCAAAAAUGUUGUCUUAAUGCAGUUUAAGAAAUAGCAUUCAAAAAUUAUUGGCCAAAUUGUCUUUGAUUCUCUCUCCCUUACUAAUCCAUCUCUCUCAGCAGCCCUCUUUCAUUUUUUAUGUCUAACUUUAUACUUACAUUUUCUCUUAUGGAUAAAACUUGAGCCAUACUUAUAGACAGUCUCCUGAGCCAUCUGAAUCAUACUUAAUGGUAAGGUAAAAAAUGAAAACUUACCGUUUAGAGAGGAUGAAUUCCCCAACUCUAGUUCUUCCUGGAGUGUAGAAUACAAGGGCACUGGAUGCUUGUUCCAAGGUAUAAGAGGGUUAGUAAUAAUUACUUAUAGUCUGUCUGCUCAUUCCUCUUUUGCUGUUGCAUUAGAUUCCUGGUUGGUCUCUCACUGACUAGGUUGUCCUUGCUGUAAAGACCCUGUUGAUUGUUUUAUCGGACAUAACAGCUAGUAUAGUGUACUAUACACAGUGUUAACCUGAGUACUCCCAUAUGGCUCGGUAGAUAUUAGUACAUACACGCUACAGCUCAUCUUCUGGAAACUCUUUUCUUUCAGCUGUGAUGCCAUCUGCUUUGAUUUUCUUUCCACCUGUGACUAAUUUUUCUCAGUCUUCCUAGCAGGAUUUACUUCUGCCCAUUCCUUCUGUGUUGGUGUUCCUCAGGGCUCUGCUUUAUGCCAUCUUCUCUUUUGGUUAGCUCUUCCUGGGUGUUCUCAUUCAUAUCCAUGUUUUCAAUUACACUUUCUUUACUACUAAUGACAAAUUUUCUAUGCUUGAUUCCUUCCUCACCAGUGGGCUUCUUCCCUGAGUUUCCAGUAUUGAUUAGAUCACCUUUACUUGAUUGCCUUCUCCAUACCCUUAUAUUAGCAUAUUCAAAGAAAAUUCCAUCAUUUCUUUGUCUAAGACACCACUUCCCCCUUGUGUUUUUACCUGUCCUAAUGUCUCUUUCCAGCAUCCACCAAAUUAGCCAAGCCUUCUUCUUGGGAAUCAUCUUUCAAACCUUUAGCUCAUUCACCACCCAACACAUGCUCACCCAGCCCCAUCAUUUCUGAUUCCCAUACUUCUCCUGCAUGUCAUCCAUCUUUACUCCUGCUGCCGAGUAGUCUCAACACUUUUCAUCAUUUGUUCCUUGGUCUUCUCUUGUCACUUCUUGACAGAAGUCCCUGUUUUUAGUCCUGCAUUUGUCCAGGGCAUUCUUUAUACUAUAUGCAGAAUGAUAGGUAAAAGGCCUCAAUUUGGAAUUAUAAUCAGCAUCUCAACCUUAAUUGGUUUCAAACUAAACCUCCUCCUCCCAUUUUUUUCCAUUGUAAUAAAUAGCAAUUCACAAUUUUAAUUGCCAAGGCCAGAAGUCUUUGGUGUCAUCCUUGCCUGCUCACUUUCUCUCGUACCACACAUCCAGUCCGUCAUCAGGUGCUACUGGCUCAACCUUCCAAAUAUAAUUAGAACCCAGCCUUUCUCACCACCUCUGUAGCUGUCAACCUAGUGCAGCUACCAUCUGGAUUAUCUCAAUAACGACAUCCGCAAGUCCCUGAUGGGAAGUGAUGGAAUUUUACGCCUCAGUACUUCAGCUCUAAAUAAUGAAUUCUUUGCAUAUGCAGCACAAGGCUGGAAACAGCGACUGGCAGAAGGAGAGUUUACUCCAGAAAUGCAAUUGCGGAUAAGGCAAGAAAUUGAGAAGGAAAAGAAAACAGAACCUUGGAAAGAAAAAUUCUUUGAAAGGUUUUAUGGAGAAAAGUUGGGCAUGUCAAGAGAGGACUCUGUAAAGCUCACAUCUGGGCCAAACAUUGAUGGAGCUGAAAGUAGUUCUUCCUGUGGGACCCCUGGCCUUCCCAGUCUUUCCACACAGACUCCCUUGAAAGAACAACAGCCAAAAAGCAUGAAAAGCCCAACUUCUCCAGAGCCUGAAUUCUGUGCUACGCUUUGUCCGAUGGUAGAUGUAGGUAAAGAUGUAAUGACAGAAUCAGAAUCAGAGGACAUCUUGAUCCCUGAAGAAUCCGUGAUUCAGGAGGAAAUUGCAGAAGAGGUGGAGACCAGCAUCUGUGAGUGCCAGGAUGAGAAUCACAAGACAAUACCUGAAUUUUCUGAGGAGUCGGAAAGUCCAGUCACCUCUCAUGAAGAGCCACAAUUAGCACCUCCUGAAGAUCAUGUGGAAUCUUGUGUUAUGAUGAAUGAUGUUUUGGAAACUUUGCCUCCUAUCGAAGUUAACGUGGAAGAGAAAUCAGAAUCUCCCCAGGAAGAGAUGUCGGUUGUCAUUGAUCAGCUGGAAGUCUGUGACUCGCUCAUUCCUUCCACUUUAUCCGUGACUCAUGUUAGUGACACAGAACAUAAGGAGCCAGAAACUGCACUAGAGACCAACACUCCAAAAAUUAAAACGGGGUCAUCGUCCCUAGAAGGCCGAUUUCCAAGUGAAGGAAUUGCCGUGGAUAUGGAGCUGCAGAGCGAGCCUGAUGAGCAGCUUUCUGAAAAUGCCUGCGUCUCUGAAACGUCCUUCUCUUCUGAGAGCCCAGAGGGAGCCUGUGCCAGUCUGACAUCCCCAGGAGGGGAAAACCAAUCCACUUCAGAAGAGUCGUGUACUCCAACCUCCCUUGAGACAACGUUUUGUUCUGAGGUGUCCAGCACUGAAAAUGUGGACAAAUAUAAUCAGAGAAAUGCCACUGAUGAAAAUCUUCAUGCAUCUUUGCUGUCAGAAAUCUCUCCAAUAUCCACCUCACCUGAGACAUCAGAAGCAUCUUUGAUGUCCAAUUUACCUUUGACAUCGGAAGCAUCCCCAGUAUCAAAUUUACCUUUAACAUCAGAAACUUCACCCAUGUCUGAUUUACCUUUGACGUCAGAAACUUCUUCAGUGUCUUCCAUGCUUCUCACACCUGAGACCACUUUUAUAUCCAGUUUGCCACUUCCUUCAUCUCCAGUUUCCAGUUCUUCCAUGAAUGAAAGAAUGGUGCAUCAACAAAGAAAGUCCACUUCCGUAUCCGAAGAACCACCCUCCCCGCAGAAAGACGAAGGUUCUGCUCUUGCCAAGCCCUUGGGAGAGGGCGUCACCUCUCAACAGAAGAUUCUAUCAGAUGCUCCUGAACCCAUCAAAAUGGCUUCUUCUUCGAUUGCUCCUGAAGCGUAUUCAUCAGAAGAAUUACACAGUAACACCCUGAAUCAGCAGCCUUGUAAAUCACACGUUGAAACUGAGAAAUCCUAUCCCACUUCAAUUCCGGAACUUCCUUCUACAGAAAUGAUCAAAGUGAAAAAUCAUAAUGUCCUGCAAAGGGCAGAAAAGAAAGGGAUGUCUUCACCAUUGGACUUACCCGUCUUUUCUGAAGAGACAGAGAGUAAGGGAAAUGAGGUCCCAUCAGGUAAACUUCAGGACAAACAAUACGUCUCCUCGGUAGAUAAGGCUUCAUUUUCAGAAGGCUCUAGAAAUAAAAUGCAUAAGCAGGGGAGCUCACAGAAUCGGCUGGAGAACUCACAUUCUUCCAAGUUGUCAGAGCCCUCCAAGUCCCCAGAUGGGGUAAGAAAUGAAAGCAGAGAAUCUGAAAUAUCAAAGAGGAAAACUGCAGAGCAUCACACCUUCGGGAUUUGUAAGGAGAAGAGGGCUAGGAUAGACGAUGACCAGUCAUCUGCUGGACGGAACAUCUCGUCCAGCAGCCCACCUGAGAAAGAGCCACCCCCAAGAGAGGAGCCAAGGGUCCCACCUCUCAAGAUCCAGCUUUCCAAAAUCGGGCCACCCUUUAUCAUCAAGAGCCAACCCGUCUCCAAACCGGAGGCUCGUGCGUCUUCCAGCACCUCGGUCAGUAGCGGGAGGAACACGGGAGCCCGGACCCUAGCAGACAUCAAGGCAAGAGCGCAGCAAGCCAGGGCCCAGCGCGAGGCGGCGGCGGCUGCAGCUGUGGCGGCCGCGGCCAGCAUCGUCUCAGGUGCCAUGGGGAGCCCCGGAGAGGGCGGGAAGGCCCGGACCCUGGCGCACAUCAAAGAGCAGACAAAGGCCAAGCUCUUUGCUAAGCAUCAAGCACGAGCCCACCUCUUCCAGAACCCGAAAGAGCCCCGGGGGCCUCCCCAGCUUGGCCCAAAGGAAGGGCCUCCAAGCUUAGACGUCGUCUCUCCUGCCCCUGAAACAAAAAUUGAAGGCUCGCCUGGCGUCAUCAUUGUCAACCCAAACUGCCGAUCUCCCAGCAACAAGGCCGCGCACCUCCGGGACACCGCCACGGUUCUACAACAGCCUCUCAACCCGACGAAACUUCCAGAAACCGCUACGGACUUAUCUGUGCAUAGUUCUGACGAAAACACACCCGUGUCACACUUACCUGAGAAAAUGGUUUCAUCUACCUCUUCUGAAAAUAGCAGUAUGCCCAUGCUUUUUAAUAAAAAUCCCAUCCCUGCGUCUGUCUGCAGCACCGCUCUGUCGGGAGCAAUUAAAGAGCAUCCCUUUGUGAGUCCUGUUGAUAAAGCCUCCGUCCUAAUGUCUGUUGACAGUGCAAACGCUACAAUUUCUGCUUGUAACAUAAGCAUGUUAAAAACCAUCCAGGGAACGGAUACCCCGUGCAUAGCCAUUAUACCAAAAUGUAUGGAGAGCACACCUCUCCCCGCCCCCUCAGAGGGCUCAGGCUCGGCCAGCCCCCACAAUGACCAGCUGGCACUGGUACCCAGCAGCAGUGCUGGCAGCCUCUUCUCUGCUCAGUACACCUCCGUGCCAGCUCCCUCGAUUGGAAGCAACUUGCCCAACCAUCUCUCUUCUAGCUCUGUUUUGAUGCCCCCAACGGGAAUGAACAACAGAUACCCUUCUGAGAAGAUAGCCAUGCCUGGGAGUGAAGAACCGGGCACUGUGCCCAUGGGUACCACUGUGAGAGCCGCCCUCGGCUGUAGGGACCCCAUUGCAGUCACUGACGCCCUGGUGGCACGCCCACCCGUGGCAGUGUUUUCUGGAAGCAUGCUGGCCAUCAGCUCUUACGAUAGCCCUCCCAAGUUAAGUGCCGAAAGCCUGGACAAAACUUCAGGGACUCGGAACAGGGGAGACCCUUCUGGGAAACCUCAGCCAACCCCGGGCGGCUUCACACCAGCAGCCAUAAACCGAUCAAUCCCCUGUAAGGUUAUCGUGGACCACAGCACCACGUUGACCUCCACCCUGUCUCUGACGGUUUCCCUGGAGAGCACGGAAGCUGGCUUGGAGCUCCAGACCCGGGCUGGGAGGACAGAGGCAGCCGGGCCACCCGUGGCCUGCCCUCAGGUGUCUGUCAUCAGCAGGCCUGAGCCGGUGGCCCUUGAAGGCGAUCACGGUUCCAGUUUCAUCAUGGCUUCCGUGGCCGAGCAAGACAGUCAGACGAUGAAGGCCACUUGUCCGGGUCAUCGCGAAGGACUCCUGGUCAUUCCCGAUAAAUUAAAAGAGGGGACUCCCUCGAGUCACAGCUUUGCCGAGCAGGCGCGUGGCUCAGCCGCGUUCAAGAGUGAAGCUGACACCACCUGUAGCCAUCCGUACAACCCGGGCAGCCGGAUCUGCUGGAGUGAGGACGGGAUGCAGAGCACGGGCCAGCCUCCGCCCAGCCACCCGGCUUCCAGCAAACAGAAGGACUAUCUGGAGCAGAGCUGUCCUAAGUCCAUCAAGACCGAGCAUGCCAGCUACUCGCACGUGGUGGAACUUCAGCCCCGGAAUCUCAUUACAAGCGUCACGCUCCCUGUGAAGUCCGAACCUCACGACGUGGACAAGGGCUUCAGGAUGGACACCGAAGACUUCCCCGGCUCCGAGCUGCCUGCUCCGGCUGCCGAGGCAGCCCGGAGUGUGCAGCCGCCGCAGACCGUGAAGGCCCCCGCCUCCGGGCCCCUGGAGGAGGCUGUCUCUUUGGCCACAGACAACCUGAAGCGGGUGCCCAGCGCUGGGAACUCCAGCUGCCGUCUGUCGUCGGUGGAGGCCAACAACCCCCUCGUCACACAGUUACUCCAGGGCAACCUACCUCUGGAGAAAGUGUUGCCGCAGCCCAGACUGGGAGCCAAGCUGGAGAUCAACAGGCUCCCCCUGCCUCUUCCGACUACCUCAGUGGGUAAAGCAGCCCCGGAGAGGAACGUGGUUGAAAUGCCCCUCAGCUCGCCCAAUCCAGAUGGGAAGGGCUACUUGGCCGGAGCCCUGGCACCACUCCAAAUGAGGAAGCGAGAGAACCACCCCAAGAAGAGGGUGGCCAGGACCGUGGGGGAGCACACACAAGUGAAAUGCGAGCCGGGGAAACUGCUGGCGGACCCCGACGUGAAAGGAGUGCCCUGUGUCCUCGGCUCCGGCCUGAGUCCACUGGCACAUAGCCAGCCUCUGAAGCAGGAGUGGCUGAACAAGCACCCUGCGCAGAGCAGGAUUGCUCACAGCCCUGAGGUCAAACAGCAGAAGCGGCUGCUCCCCUCGUGUAGCUUCCAGCAGACCCUGUUUCACGUCGACAAGAACGGGGGCUUCCAUCCCGACCCCGGGACCUCACACAGACAGCAGUUUUACCAAAUGCCUCUGACACCCAGGGGCCCCCUUCCUCCAGCAGCUCUGUUACCGGCCUCUGCCAAGACCUCAGCAGGCUGUAGCUCAUUCGCCUUCAACAGGCACCUUGAACAGAAGGGACUGGGGGAGGUUGGCCUUUCCCCGGCGCCUCACCAGCUGAGGUUAGCCAACAUGGCACCCCCCAACAUGCCCAUUAAAGAAGGUGAUGACGUCGGGGGGACCCCGCACGGAAUGCCACACAAGGCCCUGGUGCAUCUCCCGCCGCCCCCGCCCCCUCCCCCCUUGGCUCUGCCCCCGCCUCCCCCACCGCCCCCACCACCGCCACCUCCGCUACCUCCGCCUCAUCCUAACCCAGAAGUCCCACCCGAGCAGAAACAACCGCCGGUUACCAUGGAAACCACUAAGAGACUCAGUUGGCCUCAGUCCACGGGCAUAUGUAGCAAUAUAAAAUCGGAACCUCUUUCUUUUGAGGAAGGUUUGAGCAGCAGCUGCGAACUGGGCAUGAAACAAGUUUCCUACGACCAGAAUGAGAUGAAAGAACAGUUGAAGGCCUUUGCGCUGAAAAAUGCCGAUUUCUCUUCCUAUUUGCUUUCCGAGCCGCAAAAGCCUUUUACCCAAUUAGCUGCUCAGAAAAUGCAGGUGCAGCAACAACAGCAGCUUUGUGGAAACUAUCCAACCAUCCACUUCGGGAGCACAAGCUUCAGAAGGGCCACGUCUGCCAUUGAAAAGUCCAUUGGGGUUUUGGGAAGUGGCUCCAGUCCCACCACGGGCCUGCCCGCUCAGAACGCCCAGAUGCCUGUUCAGAACUUUGCCGACAGCAGCAACGCGGACGAAUUGGAACUGAAAUGCUCUUGCCGGCUGAAAGCCAUGAUUGUGUGCAAAGGCUGCGGGGCCUUCUGCCACGACGACUGCAUAGGGCCUUCUAAACUCUGUGUCGCUUGCCUGGUAGUGCGAUAAAAGCCGAGUGAAAGGUGCAGUAUCCCUUUUCCUCUACGGAAAAGCCAAACGGCAUCAUCAACAACACAUUGCGUCACUCCGGGGUCUAUCCCGUGCUAAUUUAUUUUAGUUUGGAACAGAGGCUCUUUACUCUAUCUCAUAUUGUUUUCUGGCGUUUCUGGGAGAGGCGAGAUCGCAUCCCAGCCAAGGGGCUCAGCAGCAUGUCUUUUGCAUAUUCAGUUGCCAUUCGCAACUCCUGGAAAAUUUCUACGCGUGUGUGUACAGGUUGCUCCCUCCCAAUUUGUUGCUUAAAAAAAAAAAAAAUCCAGGUGUAGCAAGAAAAAGGACAAUUUAAUUACUUCAUGGUAACCAGAAAUGGAGAUGUAGAAAGAGAUCAGUAAAAGCAAUUUUGAGGUGGUGAUGCGUUCUUCUACAGGUAAACCAUUCCAGUGAGGGUUCCCACAGUUGACUCCUUUGGAUCUGCCUUCACCAUAAGUGAUGACAUUCUGUUUGGCAAAGGGAAUCUGAUUUAAGUGUAUGAUUCCUUGUAUUUACUCAUAUCACAAGAGAUAUUAAAGGAGGUAUACCAUUAAUGAACUCCACUGUCCUUAUUCUCUUUUCUCCCUUUUGACUCUUUUCGGAGAUGGGCAGAUUACCUGGAUCUGCCUUGGACAUGGUACACACAUUGUAGUGAAAUGUCUUUUCUACCUGAAAUUGCAGUGCGGGCCUCUUGCCCAGCAGUCUGGUUCAAACCUCUUGACACCUGAGACUGUAAGAGGCCCAGAGGAUUUCAGAGCUUUGUGCAUGGUUUUUAAGAGCAAGUAUGAAAAAAGAUGCCCUAAAAUUCAGAGCAAACAAGUAAAAUGCUGUGUAUGCAAACACACCUAGAUGGGUUGAUGAUGUAAAUAUCGGUCCAUUCUAUUCACUCUCGUACAGUUACUGAAUAUUGAGAUUGGGGGGAAAUAAUCAUAGCCCUUUAUUGAUGACACCAUUGCAUUCUGACUUCUGACUCUGCAGAGUUUGGCCAUUUCUUUUUAAAAGUGUCAUUGAUGACCAAAGGGACUCCAGAAGGCUGAAAUGUUGACAUUUUUCCAAACAAGUUUUUUUCCUUAUGAGUCACGAUCUCUGUAAUUGCAUUUGACUCUGAACUAGUCCUUUAGAAUUGUUCUGGGUGUUCCACGAUUUGGUUUCCCCCUACCCUCAGGUGAAUUCAGUGCAUUCUUCACAUUUGGGGUAGUGGAACUACUUUUGAAAAAAGGGAUACUGCAUCUUACAACUGUUCUCAGUGUUUAGCUGAGAGUCUGGGUGUCGAGUAUUUGAGUUGCAUUCCAUGAACUUCGGCCACCCUCGUGCCGGAGGACAGCUGUAGUUUCAGCAGGCUCUGUUCCCUAAAGCAAGUUCAAAAGCACAUGCACGUUGUGGGAAGAUGAAAGAACAAACACCAUGUCCAUUGUAACUUCAUAUUACAGAGCACAAAAGGCGGAGUACCUUUAGCCCACUGGUCGGUUGUGACUGUAGAAAAUCUGGGCGUGGGGGGGAAUCUUCUGUAUUCAGGGUAAGAAUGACAGUUAUUUUCACAAGGGAUCGUCCUAAUCAAUGUUAACUUUUGACAUUCCCUUAAAUUACGUCUUAAAAAUCGACUAAAAUGAGUGGAAAUUACAUUCCUGGGGAUAAAAAAAAAAAACUUGCAAUUUUCUUUUAUAGUAGUCAACCGUGGCAUAUUUUUUUCCCUCCAUAUUUAUGACUGUGAUGUUGCCAAAUUUUAUUAAGUGAUAGAGAUGUCAUUUUUACUAACAAAUUGCUGAUAGUGAAAGUACCUAGGAAGAAAUCAAAGCAAAUAAGGCCUACCUCUGUGGCCGAGGUUCAGUGCUUCAGUUGCUGUCACUUCUGUUUUUCACAUUAAAAUUAACAGAAUUAAUGGCUGAGAAUAUUAGCAAUGCACUUAACCAGCCCUUCCCAAGAAAGGCAGCAUUAGUUCCAGCGGAUCCUUAGUUCACUCUGCACCAGGGGCUUUGAGUGGUAUCCUCAUCAGUGGGUCUCUAUGGUCUGCUUGGCUCUGAUGUUGGUUCGGAAGGGCACGCUCACAGAGGGGCACCCCUAAAACAUAGACACUUGCAUGCCACCACCUUCCUCCAAGUUUAGUUGCUCCUCUACCAGUGUCAGAUACUGUCCACACCAGCAGAUUCAACAUUACCCUAGUAACUGACACCUAGUUGAAACUCCGGUCUACAAAACCUUUGCACUCUACAUAUGAGAUACAAUUGAGGCUGAUAUGAUACUGAGCUCGUUAUCAGUUCCAUUAUUGUGGAACAUUGCCCGCAAGUUACUCACUGGGAAUAAAGAAAAGUGUCCUUCUCUCUUUUCUCAUUUUUCACAUGGUAAGUUUGGAGAAUCAGUUGCUGAUCACAUGUGGAUUCUAUCACUCUGUUCCAAAGAGCAUAAUAUUUCUCUGCCCUUGCUCUUUCUUUGCCCUUGUUUAAAUUCCCAGUGUUUGCAUAUGGUUUAUAUUACUGAAGAAUUAAAGCUUUGUGCUCGAAAGAUGGAAAGAAAAAUUCACAAAUAAAACAUAGGUCAGAUACGUUAUGAAUGGCCAUUUAAUAUAUAUACAAAAGCCAGUAUAUUUGGAUUAGGUGAGCAAGUUCUUAGUGUCCUGAUUUCCACUGAUAUCUGCCUGUGUGCAAAUGGAGUAUAUUAUUUGCUACAUGUUUACCAUGGUAUAAUGUGCAAAUUUUAGUAUGUGUGUUAUCCUGGUGAUUGGACACUGUGAUAUCCAUAUCAGGAACAGAGCUUGCACAUCUAUCAUGGAAUUUUUUUUAUUAUUAUUUUCACAAAGGUUGUAUUUCCCUAAAUAGCACUUUUGAAACCAGGGGUGGAAGAAAACUGCUAUUCCCUGAUCCCUCUCCUAUAUGAUACACAUCUGCCUGAAGUUGUAUAAAGACAUUUAGGUAGUUAAUGGGCAUGUUAAUAUGAACGUUCUCAUGCAAGAGUCAUUUUCAGAAUGAAAAUAUUUUUCCUUCCCCAAAGUGAGAAUAUCAGAAAUAUUGGAGACCUGAGCACCAUAGUUACAUAGACUAUUUCUCUGCUAAGGUCUAGUUUGAAGGAACAAACUUGAAAACAAACCUAUGAGGUUGAGCCUCGUUGCUAUAAAGACUUUGUGGUGGUAUGUGUUUUGGGGAUGCGCUGUGGAAGGUUUAGUUGACUUCUAGAGCUGGAGAGUCUUACUCGUUCAAAAUGAACAGACACAAGCUGGUGCGUAUGGUGCUUCGCAGGGCAGCCGAGAGUAAGAAUCCAAGACGCUACAGCCCCAUGGCCUUUAAAAACACUCGCACAAUUUCUAAAGGGGAAGUUACUGUGGCCUUGGUUUCCCAGUUCCUCCUGGGUCUGGUCAAAUCCCAGGUGACAGAAGCUGAAGCCGGGUUAAGGGUCGUAUCUGCUCUGUAGUGUGGAGGCCAGCACCGGGCUAACGGCCUGGAGGAAGUGAGCCCACCGAAUACGCAGAGCCCAGAGUCACUGUCCAUGUUUCUAGAGAACAAUGUGAAGAGUCCUAGAAAAGGAACUCACCAGACUGUCAGGGGCCGAUGUAGCCAAAAUGUCACUGAAUAGAAAAAAAAUCUUGUCUUCAGUCCUCAUGCUUUGUCACUGUAAAGCGAACAAAAAGCAUUUUUACUAUAAUUUAAAGGAGCUGCUUUUUUUAUAGCACAUACUAUUUCGCUUUGUACUCUCUUUGAUAGUUGCAGAAUAAUUUAGACUGUAGAAAAAACUUUGUUGUAUUUGUACUGUUCAUGAAUGUUUCAAAGAAAGUGCUUUACUUGGUUGCCAUAAUUUUUCUUGUACUGCUGUAUUUUUCCCCCUGGCUUCAUGGAAACCUAAUCUGACUCAUAUUUUCAGUAUACUUUUUUAAUGUGUGUGUGUGUGUAUUUUUUUUCCCUUUGGUCAGUAUUCUGAAUGUUUACAUCUGUUUGACAUUAGCCAUUUAACGCCUUUUUUAAAAGGCGGUAUUACUCUUACAGUGUAACAGCAAAAUGUGAAUCAACCCAAACAUAACAUGCAUGACAAAUACAGAUUGGGGGGCAAAGGCCCGGAACGUACACAGACAUUUUAUAUCAGCAUACAGCAAAGUCCAACCCUCCUUCAGCCCUCUACCAAAGAAUAUAUUAUUCCCACAGGAAAAACUCAGAAAAGGUGUGUAAAAUCCUCAGAAGGGGGAGCAGUUGAAUCAGUAAGACUGCUACAAUUUAAUACUGUUAUGCUUGCUUUGAUACCUGACUAAAUGUGACGGAGUGCAACAAGCAUUGAAACAAUUUUUAGGCAGUGUUUUGUUUAGAAUUCAGGGAUCAUGCAUUCUUUAAUGGUGCUGUUUGUUUUUUAUUUCUUUUCUACAAAGAAAAAAGUGUUGCCUAAAAAAGUGACUGCUCACGAUACCAUAAGUUAAAUGAAAUGUUUGUCUUUUCAUGUUUCUGUUUUUCCCUUUCUCUAAAGUAACGAUUUGGGUUUCAAUAUUAAAAUAUUCUGGGAGAAAAUAAAGAAAUUCAACCUUAAA